CGGCUUAGCACAUAAUAAGCCACAUUGCGACAACGUGCGUUCAGCCUUAGGCGGCAACAAUUUGUGUAGGUACUCAAUGUUGUCGAAUAAAAUAUCUUACAAGGGGCUAGUUGCGGCUCAUUUGAAUUCGCGAGUGUAGAAAGUGAAGCCACGGAUCUUUUUUCCCAGCCGUCGUUGACUUGGUCUUAUUCGGGUGUUCAGUGUCAUUUUCGGAAGUGUUUUGGGAUCUACACCGCCAUGUGGGGCGUGAUACUUUUCUGGAGUUUGGCCACUCUGGUUGCCGUUCUGAUUCACUACAAGUGGUCCCACCGGAAAAUCCUGGCUGCAACUUCGAACAUGAGUAGCCCCCUAGCCCUACCGAUCAUAGGACACACGUAUCUGCUGUACAAAAUCCGACAAAAUCCAAACUUUUUCAACGGCCUCAAGGCACUGAUAGACGUUUUCUCAUCGCCAUCGUGUCUACACGUGGGACCGCUAGUUCACAUCAUAGUCUACGAACCGGAACAGCUCCAAACCGUUCUCAACUCCCAGCACUGUAUCAGCAAACCAAUCCAGUACAACUUCUUCCACGUGAAUCGGGGCAUAUUUGCUGCUCCUGUUUCUCUUUGGAGAAUACUGAGGAAAUCUUUUAGUCCCUGUUUUGGUGCCGGAAUGUUGCCAAAGUUCGUACCCAUUUUCAACGAAAAAAGCGUGGAGAUGGUCAAAUUGCUGGAAUGUUACCUCGGUAGAGGGGAAUGCGAUAUAUCACUCGAUAUUGGCAAAUGCACAUUGGACACCAUUUAUUCAACCGCAUGUGGUAUGAAUUUAAAUCUUCAAUCAUCACCGGAUGGAGAAAAACAUCUAAUAGGACAGCACAGAUAUGUGGAAACAAUUUUAAGACGCGUUUUCAAUCCCAUCUUUUAUCCAAACUGUAUCUUCCGAGCGUUUGGCGAUGGGAAACAAUUUACUGAAGCUCACGAGCAGAUGCGAGCCGUAUCGUACAAAGUCAUGGUGGCUAAGAAUUCAGAGAGACCUAAACCAGUUAUCUCUCAAGACAAUGAUGACAUAGAAGGCAAAAAGCAGCAAAUGUUCAUCGACAAACUAUACGAGAUGGUCCGUGAAGACAAAGUGGUCCAUAGAGAGGACAUCAUCGAACACUUGGACACAAUUUCGUUUGCCGGUAAUGAUACCACUUCCACGACUCUGGUCAACUGUUUGCUGAUGCUAGCGAUGUUCCCGGAAGUUCAAGAUCGAGUCUACCAAGAGAUAAUGCUAUCUUGUCCCAUUGAUGAUGUCUCCAUCGAAGACGUCUCUAAACUCGUCUACACGGAGAUGGUCUGCAAAGAAACGAUGAGACUUUUCCCGGUGGGACCUAUGCUGGCUCGUACUGCCACGGCGGAUUUUAAACUGGAUGAUAAUAACAUGAUUCCAGCUGGAGCAACAUUAGUCAUGGUGGUGUACAUACUACACCGAAAUGUACAAAUUUGGGGACCGGACGCGAACGAAUUCAAUCCGGACCACUUCCUGCCGGAACAGGUUGCCAAGAGGCAUCCGUAUUCCUACCUGCCGUUCAGUGGAGGACCUCGAAACUGUCUUGGGAUUCGAUAUGCUUGGAUUUCAAUGAAGAUCAUGCUGGUCCAUAUUUUGAGGAAGUACCGACUACACACCACACUUACGCUAGAUACGUUGGAUAUCGACUAUUCACUGAUUCUGAAAAUUAAAAACGGUUGCCAAGUUUCACUGGAGCUCAGGGUGUAAAGCUCGCGAAAUUCAGUUUGAAUCAGUGAGAAACUAAUGGUAUCAACACGAUCUCAAGA